GAGCCUUUUUAGAGAGAGAGAGAGAGAGAGGCCACAUUCUAAGUUGGAAGACUUCGACCACGCCGACUUAAAAUACCAAACACACCCACAUAGGUACAUAGAGGGAACGGAGCGCGAGAGAGAGUGAGAGAGCAAUGAAGGGUGAUAUGAACUCUUCAUGGGACAUGGAUGAUGAGUAUGAAAAGUUCAUAAGAAGGAUGAAUCCACCAAGGGUUGUAAUUGAUAAUGAAGCAUGCAAGAAUGCAACAGUUAUAAGGGUCGACAGUGCAAAUAAACAUGGAAUCCUUCUAGAGGUUGUACAGAUUCUUACAGAUCUGAAUCUCAUUAUAACCAAAGCUUAUAUAUCUUCUGAUGGAGGAUGGUUCAUGGAUGUUUUUAAUGUUACCGAUCGAGAUGGGAAUAAGCUUAUAGAUGAAGGAAUUUUGGAAUAUAUUCGUCAGUCUCUAGGCACAGAUUCCAAUUUUAUACCUUCAAUGAGAAGAUCUGUUGGCGUUGAACAAUCAACCGACUACACAUCAAUUGAAUUAACUGGUACUGACCGCCCGGGAUUGCUCUCUGAAGUGAGUGCUGUUCUCACCAACCUGAAAUGCAACGUCGUUAAUGCAGAGGUUUGGACCCAUAACACCCGAGCUGCAGCUGUGAUGCAUGUAACUGACGAGGCUACAGGUUCAGCGAUCACUGACCCAGAUCGGCUUUCAAAGAUCAAAGAACUCCUUUGCAAUGUACUCAAAGGGAACAACAAGACCAGGGGAGCUAAGACUGUGGUUUCGGUGGGUUCCACACAUACAGAGCGGCGGCUUCACCAGAUGAUGUUCGACGAUCGGGACUAUGAAAGAUCUGAUCACGUUGCUAUGGACGAUACACUCAGGCCUAACGUCACCGUCGACAACUGGUACGAUAAGGAUUAUUCGGUGGUCACGGUUCGAUGUAAAGAUCGGCCUAAACUUCUCUUCGAUACAGUCUGCACCUUGACAGACAUGCAGUACGUGGUCUUCCAUGCGAACAUCGAUGCCGAAAGUCCAGAAGCUUAUCAGGAAUACUAUAUAAGGCAUGUGGACGGGUCCCCUGUAAAUUCAGAGGCAGAGAGACAACGAGUGAUUCAAUGCCUCGAAGCAGCAAUAGAGAGAAGAGUAUCCGAGGGCUUGAAGCUUGAGCUAUGUACAAACGACAGAGUUGGGCUGCUCUCGGACGUCACCCGCAUCUUCCGCGAGAACAGCCUAUCUGUCACAAGGGCGGAGGUGACGACCAGAGGGGGCAAAGCCAUCAACACGUUCUAUGUCCGCGACGCAGCAGGGAAUCCCGUCGAUGUCAAGACCAUUGACUCCAUCCGGCAGGCGAUUGGCCAGACGAUUCUACAAGUGAAAGGCGACUCCGAUCACUCCAAGUCUCCUCCUCAAGAGUCCCCAAUCCGGUUUCUCUUUGGCGGUCUCUUCAAAUCAAGGUCUCUUUACAAUUUCGGGUUGGUUCGACAAUACUCUUGAUUUCUCAUAUUUCUAAAAAUAUUGAGAUCUGUCACACACCCAAAUCUGCCAAGGAGAGAAGAGUAUAGGUCAAUACACCCGCUGGCCUUUCCCUGACUUCGACCUUCUAUGGCUAGUUGCAAUAGUAGGAUUGCCAAUGUGGUGCGUCCAUGAGAUGUGGGCUGUUCAUCAGGUGGUCCUCACCAUAUGUGUUAUGGUCCGAAAGUCAGGCCAGCCCAUAAAUGGGUGGGCUUACACAAUUUUUACAUGGAAUGUGGAGUGUUGAUCAUUAUUUUGUUUUCAACACCCAUCCUUUUAUGCAUGUCCCGCCCAUCUGAUGGGAUUAUCUUGACUUUUGUACCACAACACAUGAAUGGAGGGGCCCACCGGAUGAACAACCCAGAUCUCACACAUGCACCACACGUUGGCGGAUCCCAUUCCAUUUGUUUGAAAGGGAUCCACUCUCAUUGGAUUAGGAAUGGGAAAGAGAAACCUGACAAUGUAUAGGAAUCUGCUGUUGUAAUUUUAAAGGAUGAUUGGUGCCACCUUGUAAGUAUGAAUGUAAAAUUAUUUCAGUGUAAGAAAUGCUAUGGUUGUAAAUGGAAGUUCACAUCUUUCCAGCUA